CCUGUAGUGGAAUUUCCCCUGGGUGUGUUCAUUAAAAUUUAAUGCUUCUCCACGUCUCCUGCGUUCCUUCAGGCAGUGAACCGUGACAUGUAUCUAUCUGAAUGUUCUUCCUUUGUGCUUUUUAUAAAAAUGGUACACUUAAUAGUAAGUUUAAAACAAGUGAGAUAAAAAUAAAUAAAUAAAAAAGUAAUCUAAAUGGUAAUUAGAAUACAUCACUGCAAAUAAGUAACCUUGCUUAUGUUACUAACUACAGUUGUCAUCAUAACCUGUAAUCAGAAACGGACUAAAAUUUACCCAGCACUGCUGAUCGACAGAUUCUUCUUCUUCUAUUAUUUUUUUAAAAUUGUUUUUAGUCAUAAAAAAUGUUAGAUCAGAUUAACAUUAUCUGGUUAUUAAAAUUUCUACCCUACAAACAAAUAAAUAAAUGUUGCUGGUUGUACGUUUGAGUUCCAUUCUUCCAGUCCUCCUCUGAGAUCCUAUUGGUGCCAGUAAGUUUGCAAAGAAAAGCAUCUCCUUCCCAUCGGCAAACGAGGAGUUAAGAGGAACAUAAAUGAAGAGAAUGCAGGCGCUCUCCACGGACACUUCGGGGGAAAGUUUCAAGAGGAUGAAGGUGGAAAAUCUGCAGAAUGAGAAGAUGCAGUGCAUCUCGGAAUAUAACAGAGAUGCACCGAAAGCAACUUUCAUCGACAAACAGGAUCAGCGAAAAGACAAGAAGAAAAGAAGCGUGAAGCCCAGCAGACCUGCAGGCACAGAAUGUGAAGCUGUGAGAGAAGCUGGAGUAGAUCUUCAAGGAUCUGACCUGUGGAAGAGAUUUCAUGAGAUCGGCACAGAGAUGAUCAUCACCAAAGCCGGGAGGAGAAUGUUCCCCUCGGUCCGAAUCAAGGUGCGCAAUUUGGAUCCCGACCAGCAAUACUCCAUUGCUAUGGACAUCAUGCCUGUGGACUCAAAGAGAUACAGGUAUGUGUACCACAGCUCUCAGUGGAUGGUGGCUGGAAACACGGAUCAUUCCUGUGUUCCUCCUCGUCUGUGUGUCCACCCGGACUCGCCGUCUUCAGGACAGACCUGGAUGAGACAGAUCAUCAGCUUUGAUCGUGUUAAACUCACCAACAAUGAGAUGGAUGACAAAGGCCAUAUCAUCCUGAAGUCCAUGCACAAGUACAGACCACGCAUACACAUAAUUGAGCACAGUCCUGUUGAGCGGCUGUCACAGACUCUGGUGUCUCUGCCGGCGGAUGGCGUCUGCACCUUCUCCUUCUCUGAGACUCAGUUCACCACUGUCACAGCCUACCAGAACCAGCAGAUAACAAAACUGAAGAUCGACAGGAAUCCUUUUGCCAAGGGCUUCAGGGAACGAAAUGGAGGCGUGCUGGAUGGGAUGCUGGAGUCGUAUGCAUGGCACAGUCCCUUUAACCUCGACUUCAAAUCUUUUGCUAUGCAGCUACAGGGCAGAUGUUAUGGAGCUCCAGCAAGCUUCGGUAUCUCCUCCUCAGUGCCAUCCUUCUUGCCCAGCUGCUUCUCUCCAGCAGCUCCUCCCGUCACGUUCUCAAGCCCUCAGUGCUGCAAGGUGCUCCCUUCACACAGUGUUCUCACAUGCAGAGCGUACUGCAGCUUCUGCCUGGGCAAACUCAGCACUUACACUGGGCUGCGACCCGAGUUAGAUCUGCCCUUCAUGACGGCUCUCCAGGUACAGAGAGGAGACCGGUGCAGGAGUCGCUGGCUUCAGGACUCCUCCUCAAGAAGUGCUUCAGCUGGAUGGGCCUCCGCAGAAUAUCAAACUCAGAAAGACAACAGAGAGCCAGCCUUUGUGUCUCCCUACAGCUACAGUUCCCCCGCGAGUCGCCGCUUCUCUACUGUUACUCAUCAUCUGAAGCUGGCUCGUGCUGAGAGCCUGUACCAAAUGCCCCUGAUCUCCUCCAUCAGUUACUGCCCUGACACCAAACCUGUCAAAGCAUGCACUCUAGUGAGGGCACUUGUAGCCCAAUACAGCAGGAUCUCAUGAGCACACCUACAUUUACACAGAAACUAAAUGUAAAUAUUGACUGUGUGUGAAUGGUACCAUUUUUUUUGUAUGAACAACUUUAGAGAAAUAAAAAUGUU